CCCUUAUGCUGAUAAUAUGUAAGGGAUGGGUACACUUAUCAUUUUGUAUGUAACAGUGAGGGUAAUCAGAAUAGGAGACACGUUCCUGUGUCCCAUUUGUGCUGAUCCCACCAACUAACUCCAUAAACUAACACUGAAAAUACUUUGUAAAUACGUUUUGGGUAGUUUUCUUGUUACUAACAGUUACAUUUGAUGUUCGAGAUUUGUUUAAACUGUUUCUGACUUUUUGUGACGUAAACUUUGGAGCGCAGUAUAUUUUGAAGCAGGUGUCCGAAAACGGGUUGUACAACUUCCGGUUAAUGGAAAAGUGGGUCAGCCAUGUUGGAAAGGAUAUCUAAAACAUGCUGCGGGAUGAGGACUUCAAGUUCCAGCAGCUCUGUAGAGUUCGUGUGACUGACACUCCCUCAACACUUCCACAGAACAGAUCUUCUUUGAUAGCAGCAUCAUCUAAAUAUGCUGUCACCUUUGUUGGAGUGCAAAAAGGAUUUAAAGUAUUGAGGACAUCUGACUUUGUUGUUUUUGACCAGAGGCAUUCAUCAGAUCGUUUGAAGCACAUUAUCACCGACUUCCCGGUUUUAGCGGAUGUCAAUAUAGGCUAUCAGGUCACACAUAUACAACUGAGUGCUGAUGAGCUGACAUUAGCUGUGGCCAUCACCAGGCCUGAACAUGCUGUUGUUUACCUAUAUGAUGUCUGUAACUUUGCUGCACAGGUUUCUGGAACUGUGGCAGCGUCACAUAUGAUAGUUGGAGAAGGAAACCAACAAUUAAAUGAUCUUUCCUGGAAUCCUGCAGAUCCAAAUUUACUCAUCAUUUGUUAUUGUACAGGAAGACUUGAUGUCUAUGUUGGAAAAGAUAGAAAAUCUUCAUUGUCCUCCGCAAGGGCUAAAUGUGUUUGUUGGAGCCCUAGAGGAAAACAGCUUGUUGUUGGGCGAGAUGAUGGUACACUGGUGCAGUAUGACCCAGAUCUAAAUGAAAAAAGGAAAUGGGACUGUCCAAAUAUCUUAACUACAGCUUCUGAAGCUUUUGAUGUAGUAUGGUUAUCCACAUAUAGCUUUCUAGUGGCCUAUAUUGCUCAUGGAGCUGAUAGUGGGGAGCAACCAUCUGUCGUACUGAUCAAUGGCGCAAAAGAUGCACCUGCUACAUAUGUUAACUUUGAAGACAUGUGUUUUGGGACAGGCGAGGAAAGAGAAAGGAAAUAUUAUUUCAAUUUUGUACAGAAAUGGGACAUGGUAUUGGCAGCCUCCAGUAAUUCUGCAGAGAUUGGUAUAGUUGGAAAACAUCUUGAUAAUAAGAGUACAUUGGAAAGAUGGAACCUGGAUGAUUCAGCAAGGGCAGAGUGCCCCCUCACUGAUGAUUAUGCUGAUACUUACCCUAUGGGAUUUGCCGUAGAUUUCUCUUCACAGACCCCUAUACCUCUAGGAGAUGAGAAGACACACCCACCGUCACCUCUUAUGUUGAUACUGUCUACAGAAGGGCUGAUCCUGCCCUAUCAUAUGAUGUACAUGCAUCAAUCUGCUCCUGCUAUAUGUGUUCCCGCCCAGGCACUGCCAGCAGCUGCAACAAGACAAGCUACAGGUGUACCAGCCACACCUUCCUCUCAACAAGGUGUUGUAAAAAAUUUGUUUGGCUCUGGAACAACCCAGCCCAUUUCUAAACCAGCUGCAACUGGUUUUGCCUUCACUGCUGCUAGCUUAGCUGGUUCUUCUACAACAAAGUCUGGAGCAUCCAGUCCAUUUUCUUUUGCUGCACCAACAUCAGCAGAAACAGGGACAAUACCAAAAUUUGGUGCUGGGCUUAGCUUGGCUGGUUCCACAACUCAGUCUGGAUCUGCUGCUGGUUUCUCACUGGCAACAGGAACUGGGGUACCAGCUGCAAAAUCUGAUCAAUCAGAACCAAAGCCACCAUUAAAUACAGGAUUUGGCUCCACUGCUCUGGCUGGUUCCACAAAUAAGUCUGGAGCCAAUGCUGGUUUCUCAGUUACUCCAAGUUUUGGGGCACCAACUACAGCAGGUGGGAGUUUCAGUUUUUCCACCAGUACUAAUGGGGCUUCAGGAUUUGGAGCCAAGAAUUCCAUAGCUACAGACGCAGUAGGAUUUAAAACAACCAUUAAUUCUGCAGCAUCAAGUACACCAGGAUUCACCUUCGCAGCAAAGGUCACAGAACCAGGACCCCAAACUUCAGGGCUCAGUUUCAAACCAGCAACAACAAGUAAAACUCCAACACCUUUGUUUGGUCAAAGCAGUCAAAGUCAGGCACCUACACCAACAUUUGGUCUCUCCGCCCAAAAGACAGCAACGGCAACCACGACAGCAGCAGCACCAGUAUUGCCGGCAUUUGGGAAAGCUCCAACAGCAUCAGUCGCCAAUGCAUCAGCAUCUGGUAUUGGAUCUACAACUGCAGCAGUUAGUAAACCAGUCCCAAGCUUUACAGGUCAGAGUUCAGCUUUCACAGGAAUGCCGUCUGCUGCAAUAGGAAGACCAUUACCCAAAUCUGAUAGUCAGACCUCAGAUCUGGGUCAGUCAGCAGGCACCUUUGUUCCAAAGUCACCAACUCAAGCCCCUCCCCCACCUGCAUACCCAGCAUCUGGUAUAGCUCCGCAGUCGCCAAAGUUUGCUCCACCUCCACAGUAUCCUAGCGAUGCUCCACAGUAUACUGGCGAUACUCAAGAUGGUCGACAAGAACAAGGGGAGACAACUGAUGAAGUUGACAAGCAAUUUUCAAAGAGUAUUUUAGAUGAGAUUGAACAUUUUGGGAAAGAGCUUGCAGACUUCAGGCAUAAAGCAAAGCGUACUGACUACAUUGUGGGUACCAAAGAUGAUAUGAAACGUCUUAAACAACAAACGCAGGAAAUGGACAAUUUCUGUACAGAAAUAAAAACCACAGUUCAGGAAGAGAAUAAAGAAGUUCAGGAUCAGAAGGCACUGGUACUAGACAUGUUCUCUAUGGUAGAGGAGUGUAGACUGAGGCAACAUAUGAACACAGAUCAUAAAUAUCUACAUCUACUCAAGUCAAGAGCGCUGGAUCCCGGCAGUGCUGAGAAAUUACAGCAGUUACAGCUACAGUAUCAGGUGUUAGAUCAAGGUUUGAGAGAUGUGGAUCUUAUCUUAGACACACAGUGGGAAGAGUACCAGAAUAGAAAGAAGAAUAGAACAAACAGAGUACAAAAUCCAACCAAUGAUGCUGUAUAUAGAGUUGUGAAGAGUAACAGUAACCUGAUUACAGCACAGAAAAACAAACUGAAGGAACUCGAGGAAAGAUUGAAACAACUCAAACUGUACAAUAAAACAUCAGCCUGGAAUAAUACCACAUCUUCCUUCAGCAGUGGAGACACAACAACAGAGUUAUCAAACUUGGCAGACACUCUCCUGUCAGGGAAUCCAGUUCAGUCUAAAAAUGACCCUCCAGUGAAGGAGGAAAGAAGAGUGGACAGGAACAGACUGGAGAGGUUGAGAGAACACCUUUGCAGACGCAAUGUAUCAGUUGUACGCUCAACAAAGCCUGGAAACUUGUCAGUGUUGAAGAUUCCAGAUAGCCAGCUUGAGAGGUCUGUGUUCAGAAAUUCACAGCAGCAACUUUCAGAUCUAGAAGGCGUCCAAAGGAAUGCAGGUGAGUUUGUUGGUAUGUUCAGACGUACUACAGCUGCACCAAAUACUGAUGGACAAAGAGAUAACCGUACGUCCUCUCCGCAGACAAACAGCAGACAGACAGUGACGUCUCAGAAUGAGAGAAAUACUCGGGAUCAGGUGAAGGAUAAAACGGAGAAGGAUGGCAAGAUGUCCAAGUUUUUCAAUAAGAUUAUUGAAAAAGGUGCAGAGAAAAUUGAUCAACUUUUCCCACCGAAAUCACAAGCUAAACUUACUGUGACUUCCAACCAAGGACUUGGUGCGAAAGUUAAAGAACCUACACAACAAGUUCCACAAAAUGCCACCAUCCCAAAGACAAUUCAGACCAUGUUUCCGGGCACACAGGAUGGACAAAGUCACUUGACAAGGGUGAAGGAGAUCAAUGGUAUAAAGUUUGAAGAUAUAACACCAAGCGGUUCAGAGAACGAUGUGGGUGACACAGAGGAAGACGAUGAAUAUGACGAAGAUUCCAGCGAGAGUAACGAUCAGGGAUUUGGUUUAGAGUACAGUCUGACAUCUACAGCUGUGUCCGGUGAUACAAUAACUUCAACACCCAUCACAAUUAAGGGCACCUCCAAGCCUUUUACACAGGACAGUUCUAGAUUACCCGCUACAAUGACAACCAGUACACCAGUCGGCAGAAAGUUGUUCGGCACUGAGGACACUAAACCAGCUGCAGGCUUUAACUUCGGAGCAGCAUCUGCAUCGGUAGAAGCUAAAACAAAAUCAGAAUCCAAGCCUUUCAACUUUGCUACGACUGCAACUGCAGCAACAACAUUUGGCAGCCAAUCAGAAAGUAGCAAGCCACAGACUGGUUUCAACUUUGCAGUUACUGGGACACCCACUUUCGGUAGUAAGGCAGAGACACAGUCAGCCACAAGUAAAGUAGACCAGACGUUACCAAAAAGCUCAGCUGAAGGCAAACCUGCACCAGGUCAGAUUACUGGGUUGUUUGGUAAACCUAAACCAACAGCUACAGAAGCUGUAACAUCAGAGACCAAGCCAGAAACUACUGUAACAUCCGCAAAACCAGCAGUGCCCUUUGGUCAGCCCACAACCUUGACUACAAGUUCUGGUCUUUUUGGUCAAAAUAAAACCACAUCAGCCCCUACUCCAGCAUUUGGACAGCCUACAGCCGUUACAGCUUCACAGGGACUAUUUGGACAACCCAAAGAUACGGGAUCAUCUGUGAUUGGACAGCCCUCAGAUGCAGUGACAUCUACAAGUGAUUUAGGGGAGACCACUCCACAAGCAGACUCGUCUCUUGGUACAGCUUCUGGCGGACUUUUUGGUCAACCUGCAUCCGUAAGUAAACCUCCAGAAGGUUUAUUUGGCCAGUCAACAACAUUAGGGGCAGGGUUGUUCGGACAGUCAGUUUCAUCUUCGGCUGGUUCCACUAAUCUGUUUGGACAAGGAAGUACUACAGCUACAGCCACUUCAGAUGAUCAGUCUUCCUCUGUUACAACAACAACAACUUCCUCUGGAAUUUUUGGACAAAAAACUGACUCGGCAACUACAGAAGGGGCAUCAGGGCAGACAUCAGCAAGUGCAGCUAGCACUGGAUUAUUUGGUAAACCAGCAGGAACGACAGCUGUCAGUGCAUUUGGCCAUACUUCAACAAGUUCUGAAGGUCAGACUGCUUCAAGUUCAGGUUUAUUUGGCAAGACUGCGACCACUUCUGGGACCAGUCUAUUUGGCCAGACUGCAACCACUUCUGGGACCAGUCUAUUUGGCCAGACUGCUACCACUUCUGGGACUGGUCUGUUUGGUCAGUCAGCAACAACUUCUGGAAGCAGCCUGUUUGGUCAGACAACAACAACAUCUGGAGGCAGUCUAUUUGGCAAGUCAACAACAACUUCUGGAAGCAGUCCAUUUGGCCAGCCUGCCACCACCAGUUCUGUCAGCAGUUCUUUUGGUCAAGCAGCUACAACAAGUGCUGGGACAGGUUUGUUUGGUCAGACGUCCAGUACUACAACUGCUUCAACAGGAUUAUUUGGCCAAGCAACAACUACAGCAAGUAGUGGAGGUCUGUUUGGUCAGACCCCAUCUUCUGGAUCAAGUUCAUCAGGUGGUUUGUUUGGACAGCAAGGAGGAUCACUGUUUGGUCAGACAUCUACAAGUGGAACAGGAGGUCUGUUUUCCGGCCAGACUGCAACAUCUAGUGGAGGUGUGUUCGGCCAGUCCACAACAUCUACAUCAGGUGGGUUAUUUGGUCAGUCCACUACUUCAGGGGGUGGUGGGUUGUUUGGCUCUGCUGGUGGGUCAGGAUUUGGGACAGCCACAUCAGGGCCUGGGUUUGGAUUUGGACAGACGGCUACAUCAGGGUUUGGCCAACCAGCAUUCGGCCAGACAUCUGGGUUUGGACAGUCAUCUAGUUCCAGUUCUCCAUUUGGUCAGUCCAGCACAGACACUACAAGUGGAGGGAAUGGAGGAAUGUUCAGUGGCUUAGGAGGGAAACCAAGUGCAGAGAAAGCAAACACUAACGUAUUUGGAACAGCUCAACCAUUUGGAUCCUCUCAGGCUAACACACAAGGUCUGUUUGGGAGUGGAACCAGUCAGGCGUUUGGUGGGGGAACCAGUACAGGCGGAGGAUUUUCCUCGGGUGGAGGAUUUACUGGUGGGACAGGGGUAGCUGCAACAGGAUUUGGAGCGGCUAAACAAACCGGUACAGGUGGAUUUGGUGCUGCACCAUCAUUUGGAAGUGCCCCUGCAUUUGGAGGAACACCUGCAUUUGGCAGCUCACCAGCAUUUGGAAGCCCACCAGCAUUCGGUAGUGGAGGUACACAGGGAGGGUUUGCAGGGGCUCCUACAUUUGGCUCACCUGCUGGUUCAACAUUUGGAUCAGUGGCACAAGGAGGGGGCGGAGAAAGUGCUGGCUUUGCAGGAUUUGCUGCUGCUGGCAGUCCCACAUUUGGAGCACUUGCCCAGUCUACUGAUGCACCCACCUUUGGUUCCAUGGGCCAGUCACCAAACGCUGGAGGGUUUGGAGGCAACAGUGGCAAUGCUUUUGGGUCAAGUCCAUCCUUUACUGGCUACAGAGGUUAAUAGAUCAUUAACAGUCAACAGGAAUUCAGAGAAAUGCUAUUAAAGGACAUUCAUCAUUCAGAGUGUUUUUCUUUGUUGUGUGACAAUUGACUUCUUGUCUCCUUGUAUUCAUUCCUCAUUUAGAUCAAAGUUAAAUGCUAAGUUGUAGAAAGGACUUUAUCUCGAGUUAUAUUCUAUUAUACAUAAUUUUUUAAAAAAAAUGUAUUUUUCUUCAGUGAAAUUAUUGAUGUUGAGAAAAUAUGAAAUUAGAUAUCAAAUUCAUCAUUAGUUUGAGAAUGUUAAAAUGUUUAUGCUACUUCGCCCAUUCUAAACGCUUUAUACAACGUAUGCAAACAUCAAAUCAACCGGAUGUUUGGCAACAUAAAGGAAUCGUUCCUGCAUACCACAAAAGUACAGUAGUUCUUUUGUCACCUGUAGAACAUUGGAUGGAUGACACUGUUGGAAGAAUGAUCUUUUCAAGCACGUUCUGUUGAAAUCUUGUUCAAAUAACGUUUUCCAUUCUUGUCAAGUCUUCGAUUUUUGUAUAAAAAUUGUAAUCAUGUUUCAUAUGAUGUGGUGAUGUUACAACUUAGAAAUUUGUUAAGCAAUUCUAUUUCUGUUUCAUUUCUCAGCUCAGUUUACACUACAUCUUUGUCACAGCUUGAUAACUUUGCAGUAAAUCGUCAUCUGAUUAAACAAAAGGUGUUUCUCUUAAAAUAAUGUUAUUAGAUAAGACUUAUCUUUACUAUAUGUUCUUUAAAACCCUUACCCUGCUAUAUUUCUAUAAUGGACUGGUCCAUCUUUCAAUUUGGACAGUACCACUUAUUAUUCAAAGGGGUUUUCACUGAAAAUUUACUGACUGAAUAGCGAACAGUGCAGACCAUGAUCAGACUGCGCGGAUGUGCAGGCUGAUCUUGGUCUGCACUGGUCGCAAAGGCAGAAUCAAUCGUGUCCAGCAUGAUAAGUGUUAAAUGUAUUAAACUGUGUCAUUUUGCUGUGUCUUGCAUCUGUUUGUAUGCUGUAUUAAAAUAAUUGAUUAAAGAACAUGAACAUUGAA